AUGUUACUGGAUCCUCAGCAGUUUCCUUUCUUUAACACUUCGUCCAGAGGUAAACUGUCACUGUGCCUUGCUGUAGCUACUGCUGAUCUGGUACUGCCUGCUGCAUUUUCUAUUCCAGCUGCCAAUAGCGCUGUUGGAACCCAACCUGCUAUGACCGACCACUGUUCGACCUCCAACAAAGAACUUGGGCUAUUUGUGGCGAUAUCGGAAUCUGAUGAUUGGGGCGAAUUUCUGGAAGUUCUCUCAGACCUCGCUGCAACCUCCAACGUAAACGAGCCAGAGGAAUCACGAACGAUGCGACUUCCAUUUUUCCUAGACAAAGGAGUUAUUAGAAGUUGGUGAGUUUUUAAAAUCGAAUCAUGUUAAUUUGAUUGAGUGCUUCUUACAAUCUUAUGUUAUAUAGUCUUUAUGUAUUUCUCAUUAGAAAAAUCCUCAAAAGGCUCUGAUUUUAUUGCAAAAUCUGGUAGGUACAACUCAGCGGUUUUUUAGUUCUGUCGUACCAUCUAUUCAUAUGACUGCCUAGGUUUUUGGAGGGUCCUUUUUGUUUCAAUUAGGAUUAUAAAUGGUAUACGGUGAGAUUCAAAUUUAGCUGACGUUGUAAUGUGUACUAGAGAGAAGCGCGAGAAGCGUGCGAUAUGUAUGUUAGAAAGAGAUAGAAGCACCUCAGUGCCUAGCAACCCGAGUGACGAGGCCACGGAAGCAAUCGAGGCACUCUUUCUAACAUACAUAUCGGCUCUUCUCUCUCGUACACAUUACGACAUCAGUGGUAUUUGGUUUCCAGUGUAUAUGCUAUAUCGACAUAUUUGAUUAACUUGUCAGACAAUUAAGAUUAGAAAUGGUGUUUAAUGCUAAUUUAUCGCUCUGUGUAUCAAAUAGUUUCAAUUUUGGUUGAAAGAGUUUAUUUAACCAUAGCACCUAUGAAACAAAGGUUCAAGGACAAAAGGAACUUUGAAAACCUAUAUCAACUUCCAACGUUGCUAGUUAGUGUGGUAAAAUCGCCGUAAAAACGCCGUUUAUUUCAAUUUGUACCUCCAGUACAUCCUAUUAUUUAACGUAUGCUAUUCUGAAGAUUGCCAAUCAUGUAUUGUACUUCUGCGUUUGGAAAAUUGUCAGAGAUGAAAUGAGAUACCCUCGCACCAUCUCUAAGAAUUUGCCAGAACUAUGUUUUCCCUCUUCGCCAUCCUGCUUUGAAAAGGCAAGUGUCUCAUAGAUGGCGCUAUUUGGCAUAUAUAGUUGGCUAAGUUAAAUUUCUUUAUCGUCCGUGAACAUUUCGGUGCAGGCUGUGAGGCAGCUGUUACUAAAGGCCGUAUCGUCAGUCGCUCCUGCAACUGUAGGACGCCUUUAUGGCCUUCUUGAUUUUCAUAGUUUUCUCUCCUUUUGUGAAUUUAUGUUUUCUUGUUGAAUUGCAGGAAAUUUAAUGCUGUUAAAACGGAUGGUGUAAAUCAAAAGCAUGAUUAAUUUGAUGCAAAUAGAUAUUUGCUCACAAUAGAGCGCACGGAACAAUAGAAAACUAUAUAUGAAAAUCAAGGAGGCCAUAGAGGCAUCCUACAAUUGUAGGGACGACUGAUGAUACGGCCCUAAGCUAAAAUCGGGUAGUGGUAACUGGAUGCGAUUGUGGUACACCCGUAAUUUGUAGGCAAAAUUCCCGUUUUUUAUUAUGUAAUUAUGUAAUUUUGGGCGCUGAAUUCAAAUAUAAAAACAUGAAGUGCCGUCGAAGUUGAGGUCGUAUUAAUAAUUAUUGUGACUAUAUUUAAAAUUAUUUUUACUACAUUAUUAUGAAAAGGUAUUUUAUUAUAUUGCACAAACUGGCAAAGGUGGAACAAUAAUUUAUUGUAUAGUAGUAUAGUAGGUUUUGGCCAAAAAGUUGGAACAAUGGAUAAACAUUAUUCUUCUAAAUUAUUUCCGUAAGAUGAUAGCAACUUGACAGAUACAAUAUUAUAUUGAUAUACUGCUAACUGUUUAAUAAAUAAUGACCUGGACUAUGAUGGUGGCUAACGUGAUUUACUUACUAAUGAUUUAUAUAUGUAAACAUACUUUUGUAAUUUAUUAC